AUGCCUCACGCGUUCAAGCAAUCUCUCGACGACCUCUGCUGCCUGAAUCUGAUUGGCUCCCGAAACGCCACGCUCGAGGCGCCUCGGAGCAGCAACCGAGCCGCGCAAAAUAAAAUCUUUGACGAUUUCUCCUGCUUAGGGUUAGGUCUUGAGGACGAAUCCGACGGUCUGUUUCGGUCUGCGCCGCAAAGCCGCUCCGUUUCCCCCCCGCCCGCCUUCCCCCCUCCGCUCGCCGUUUCCCCGCCGCUGGACCCAGCGCGCGCGGCUCCAAGCAGCGCGCCCGGCGCGCAGGUCUCCGCAUUCAGCGCCGCGCUUGCCGCCGCCACUGGCGCCGCCGUCAAAAGCUCGUCUGCAGCCUUCGCGGAUCAACUCCCCCAACUCCCGCGCUCCGCCUUCCCGCCUUUCCCUGCUAAUGUCCCCGCUGUUCCGCUCCCACCUUCCCGCCCCUCCUCCUCGUCCUCUCUCCCCUCUUACCCGCUUUCCCGCGAGUCGCUGCUGCGACGCCCGACGCGAAUUAUAUUAGUGCGACACGGGCAGAGCGAGGGGAACUUGGACGAGGGGAUUUACACCCGAAUCGCGGACUCGCGCGUGUCUUUAACGCCUCUAGGGUUCGAGCAGGCCGUGGAAUGCGGCAAGCAGAUUCGGAAAUUAAUCGAAUUCGAUCGGCAGAAAGGGGGGAAGCAGGGGAGAGGUGGGGAAGGGGGGAAGGAGGGGAGGCGGAACGCAGGAGGGGGUGACUCUGGCGAGGGUGAUUAUAACAGAGACGAGGAGGAGGAUGACUGGGGGGUGUAUUUCUACGUAUCCCCGUACCUGCGAACUCUUCAGACCCUCCGGGGCAUUGGGCGUGCGUUUGACAGGCGGCACAUUUUGGGAGUGAGAGGGGAGCUGCAGCCCUUCAUGCCUCCCGCCUCCCUUCCUCUCCCACCCCCUCCACCCCCCUCCCGCCUCCCUUCCUCUCCCACCCCCUCCACCCCCCUCCCGCCUCCCUUCCUCUCCCACCCCCUCCACCCCCCUCCCGCCUCCCUUCCUCUCCCACCCCCUCCACCCCCCUCCCGCCUCCCUUCCUCUCCCACCCCCUCCACCCCCCUCCCGCCUCCCUUCCUCUCCCACCCCCUCCACCCCCCUCCCGCCUCCCUUCCUCCCUCCCUCCCUCCUUCCUGGCUGCAGACCCUGCAGGGCAUAGGGCGUGCGUUUGACAGGCGGCACAUUUUGGGAGUUAGGGAGGAGCCUCGGCUGAGGGAGCAAGACUUUGGAAACUUCCAGGUGCCAGCGUGCAUGCGGCAGAUUAAGGAUGUGAGGCAGCUCGAGCAUGCCAGGCGACAUCCCUUGCACUCUUCACCAUCUCACCUAACCCCACUGUGGCAAACCAUUCUUCACCACUCGUCACCACCCCGCACUGCACCCCACCACCAGGUGCAGGAGCGCAUGAGGCAGAUUAAGGACAUGAGGCAGCGGUUUGGACGGUUCUUCUACCGGUUCCCUGAGGGGGAGUCGUCCGCUGACGUGUACGACCGCGUGACUGGUAGGCAGUUCGAGGGGCUGCUGAAUCCGGGCAACUGUGAAAUCAGAGUCAUGGAGAUGGGAGAAGGGGGGAAAUACAGCCUGGCUGUGCGGCACUCAGAAUACGAGCUGUUUUCGUGGGGGUUGACGCCAGACAUGAUUGCAGGUGAGCCGGGUUCCGGGCAGUUCGAGGGGCUGUUGAACCCGGGGAAAUGUGAGAUCCGGGUGAUGGAGAUGGGGGAGGGGGGGAAGUACAGCCUGGCAGUGCGGCACUCGGAAUACGAGCUCUUCUCACAGUUUGAGGGGCUGCUGAAUCCGGGCAACUGCGAGAUACGGGUGAUGGAGAUGGGAGAAGGGGGGAAAUACAGCCUGGCAGUGCGGCAUUCAGAAUACGAGCUCUUCUCGUGGGGACUCACCCCAGACAUGAUUGCAGGACCACCCCCUUCCGCCGCUGCUGCAGCAAUGACGCCCGCUGCAGUGCCUGCUGCAGCGACCCCUCAUGCUGCUGCAGGAGCAGCAGCACCGGUUUGUUUCUCUGCAUGA